UUAACCAUGAAACGUUUUCCAGGCUGGAUAAAUAUGUCAUCCAAAGAAAAAAGGAUGAGACAAACGACACAAAUCCAAAAAAAUCGCAUUUUGCGUGAUCAUAAUACAGUUCCCGUUGAACGGGAUUCAAUUGUGAUUUUAUCUAGCGAUGAUGAAAAAGCCACCAAUAAGGAAAAUAGUUUGGUGCAGACUGUGCCCAAACAAAAAAGUCUAUCACCAUCAAUACUAAAUAACCGAAGCCAAACGCAAAGAAAAAUGCAUAGUGAUAUUGAAAAAACUGAAAAGGCAAAAGGCGAUUCCGAAGAAUUUGCCCAUUGGAAAUGCAUUAAAUGUAAAAGCGAUGAUAAUUUUUUCUACGCAGACGAAUGCUUAAGCUGUGGCGCUGAAAGAUAUUCCAAUGUGGCUAUCAUCAUAUCGUCCGAUGAUGAUGAUUGUGAAACAAACGAGAAGGUGCAAUUGUACUUGUACUGGGGUUAUACUUGUUAG